UGAAAAUUAAAAUUAGCAUUCGCCUCUAAUUAAUAAUAGUUUUACAUAUAUUAAAAUUUCGAUAUUUCCAAUAUUUUGGAAAAUGGCUUAAUAAUCAAAGAUCAAGGUACUUCAAUCCCUUCCUUAUGAAAACAAUCUAAUUCACACUUUAUGAGAAUCUGUAUAUAAACUCACGAAUCAUCGAUACAAUCAUCAGUCUCGUGUUGCAUUCACUUCUUUACUUAUUUUCUACUACGCAAGUUGCUAAAUUUUGAAAAUCUUUUCUCUCAUCAUGAAAACGUUUAUCAUCUUUGGUGCAAUUUUGGCUGCGGCUGCUGCAGGACGUCUCCCUGGACAUCGUGACGAGGACCACUAUCACUAUCACCAGCCGGCAGCCUCAGAGAAUGUAGCUAAUUCCGGUUACGACUAUCCUCAACCAGCUGCUUCAGAGAACGUUGCUUCCGGUUAUUACUAUCCUCAACCUCAACCAGCUGCUUCGGAAAACGUUGCUGCCGGUUAUUACUAUCCUCAACCUCAACCAGCUGCUUCGGAAAACGAUGCUUCCGGUUAUUACUAUCCGGAACCACAAACCGCAGCCUCAGAGACUAAAGCUUCCGGUUACGAGUACCCCAAGCCUCAAGCUCAAGCAAGCAACCUCUACUUGGCACCUGAACAUCAGGAAUCCAGACAAGUUGACAACACUUAUCUCGCACCUGAGGCCAGCGAAAUCGAGAACUCCUACAUUCCACCAAGCCAAGGUCACUUCUAAGAGAAUUCCAAAUUAUCCCCUCCGCAAGUGUUCUUUUGGAAAAAUUACUCUCCUGCUCCUUUCUCACUAAAUCUUCAGUUGACCAUUCGAAACAAUCUAUUGCCACUGU